AUGGCACGUCAGUCCCGACCAAGCAAGCUCCUCAUGUAUACUUCUCGUCGCAACACUGUCAGGCACCAAAUUGACCCCGACCUCGAAGCGUAGGCAAGCACGAUCGACCCCAACGCCUAAUCAAAGCCCGUCCAACUGCUCGACCAGUUCGAUCAGGCAUACUCAACGUUCCUCCAAGUCAGAGUAUCUAUCGCCUGCAUACAAUAUUCGCAAUGUCCAACUUUGCUUCGACCUCUUCUCGAUCUCAGCUGCAUCCGAAACAAAUGGAGAUGGUGGAACCGCUGGCUUGGAAACCUGA